UCAAGCCUUUGCUGAUCAACAAAUCAUUCCCUACUUCACUCACAUUUCUCUUGAAAGUUUUCCAUUUCCAACAUGAUUUAUGAGCUUUGUGUUCUGAUGUGUGUAGGGAUCCUCUCUACGUCCGCUCUACCUGUUGACGACGCCUGGAAACACGAGGUCAGACAACGUCGUAACGUCGCCAACUGUCAACCACUUCAAGAUAUCAACCAACUCUUCCAAAGUCUCAACGCCAACACCGACGUCUCCAUCUUUCUUCGUAACGCUCAAGGUGCCAGACCAGGGUCCUAUUUACAUGGAGAGCUGAACACCCUCCAGGUAUUCGACAGUUCCAACCUCGACGGCAUCACCUGUCCCAGCAGCGUCAGUGACGACCCUAACGACCCCCUGUGGAGGAGAUCCCUUUGUCCCUGGUACUACAACGUCACCAACCUCCCCGUCGGUCACUACCCAAGUGCCAUCCCCCAGGCCGUGUGUAAGUGUGACAAGUGCGUUGACAAUAGCCAAAACCAGUGCGAGAGAGUUUCCACUCAAAUCCGAGUUUUAGAACAAACUGGUUGUGAAAAUGGUUUCUUUAUCUACAAACCCAAACUCAUUACACACUUCGUUGGGUGUACUUGUGCCAAACGUCGGACACCAACAGUGGGUUCCAACACCACCCCGACAGCAUCAGACGGUGGAAGCGAUUGUGGGGAUUAUGCAUGUGCCGAAUAGACGGGAGACUUGAAGGCGAUGUCACAAAUUGAUGAUGUCUUCUUACAGUGAAACAUUUCCAGUGAGGAAAUACCCAGUAAGUCAGUGUCUGACAAUCAUCCCGUUAAACUACAUAUUUAUUGUUCAAACGCUGCA